CGUGGUUGCCAUUGUUUAAAAAAAACCGUGAUCGUGCGUAAAACUUACAUUUCAACCGUAAUCGUGAUCGUGAUCGUGAGCAAAAAAAUCAAUCACGCAGAACUCUAGAGGAGAUAAUUCAGAUUUCGCCAAGUAUUUAUUUCUUUAGAAAAUUUUAUUAAAUUCUUUUGUCUAAGUUUAGAUUCAAAUUUGUUGUUUGAAUAUAUUACAGAAGAUAAAAUAAAUUGUUUAUCAAAUGUUCGAACUAGUGUUACGGUAACAUUAUCAAGUUCAGAUGAUAAUAAUGAUAAUAAUGCUCGACAAAAAGCUCAGUUAUGUAGACAAUCAAUUGAUCAAACAUCGGAUAAUGAUUGA